AUGGGAAGGUCUCUUUCCUGCCUUUGUUCAAGGACCCUUUUCUUCCUGCUGUGCACUGUCCUUUGCAUUGCACAGAGCAGGGAAAAUUUCACACAGGUCCUUAGUCUUCACAAUGCCUCCUUGCACGCUCAGUUUCAGAUCUCUGCAAGUUCUCCAGCCCAUCGAGACCAGAUAGCCAAAGAAGGAAGCAGCACAGUCAUAGAGUGUAACCUUAAUGCCAGCCAGAAUGGGGACGUCAUGUGGUUUAACUCUAAAGGACACCCGCUUGGAGAGGUGGAAGGAGGAGGGAAAUGGCUGAUCUCUUCCACUGGAGCCCUUAACAUUACGAGUGUAACGUUUGCAGAUCGAGGGCGUUAUACUUGCAUGUGUCCAGUUGGUAAUGGCACCUCCUUCUACACAGUUACUCUUCGGGUGACUUUCACCUCUGGGGAUAUGGGGAUAUACUACAUGAUAGUCUGCUUGGUGACCUUUACCAUCACUCUGAUUCUGAACAUCACUCGACUCUGCAUGAUGAGCAGUCAUCUCCGGAAGACAGAGAAGGCUAUUAAUGAGUUCUUCCGCACAGAAGGGGGCUGAGAAGCUCCAGAAGGCCUUUGAAAUUGCCAAGCGUAUUCCAAUUAUCACCUCUGCUAAGACUCUGGAGCUGGCCAAGGUGACUCAGUUCAAAACCAUGGAGUUUGCUCGUUACAUAGAAGAACUGGCCAGAAGUAUUCCUCUGCCCCCUCUUAUAUUUAACUGCAGAGCUUUUUAUGGAAGAGAUGUUUGAAGCCGUGAGGUUGGAUGAUCCAGACCAGGUGGAAAAGGAGCACGGUUUAGGGAUUUACACGAUCAGUCCUGAUAUGGCUCGGAGCGGAUCUCCAGCUGGUGAUUCGGAAGACAGCUCGGUCCAAGGCCAGGAGAGAUAGCAGUUAAUGUGUCUGUUCAUCCUCAGUUUGAGACACAGAGCAUCAACACCAACCAUUCUCAGGAGUGUCCUCAUGCUAUGUUCCCUGAGGAAGUAAUCUCUAUAGCGGAUCAGGACAGGGCACCAGAAGCCAGUGUGUGA